AUGAAGUUCCUCGCACUCGCUGCUUCUCUCGCCCUGGCCGCUGGCCUUGUCGCCGCCUGCGAUAUCCCCUCGGGCUCUACCUGCGGCAACAACUACUACUCGAGCGAUGACAUCAACACUGCCAUCCAGGCCGGUCUGCAAGAUGCCCAAAGCGGCGACACCCCCGACAACUACCCUCACGCGUACUACGACGAGCCCUCCGAAGGGAUUGAGCUCUGCUGCUCCGACGAUGGUGGCGGAUACUCGGAGUUCCCGUUGACCAACACUGGCCAAGCGUACUACUCGACCGAGGACAACUACGUUUCGCCCGGCCCUGACCGUGUCAUCUACCUGACCGACUCGGGAGAGUUCUGCGGUACCGUCACCCACACUGGUGCUGCCAAGCGCAACGGCUUCGUCCAGUGCCAGUAA